CACCUAACGGCUAUUUCUCUCAUUCAUUUUCCAUUUCUGGCUAUUUCUCUAUUUCUCUGUCUUCUUUUUUCUUUCCAUCAGUGUUUCACCGACUGAGCUUCUCUUGAACAAAUCUUUAGUGUUUCACUCGCUGAAUUCCAUGGAUACACCAAGACCAGACCGAACGAAGGCUAAAACGGGGCUCAGUCACGGUAAAAAGGUCAGAGUAAUCGCAAAGGUUAGGGGAUUCACAGAUCUAGAAGCUGAAUCUUCAAAUUGUGUGUCUGUUCACAAGCCUAAUGGAGUUGAAUCUGAGACCGUCUCCAUUUCCUUUGGUGACCAAUCGGGCAGCCGUAAAGAGUCGUAUGAAUUGGAUUAUUGCUACGAACAAAGUGAAGGCAAUUAUACAAUUUUUACAAGAGAAGUCAAGCCUCUAAUAGCUGGAGUUUUUUAUGGUUGCAAUGCGACUAUUAUUGCUAAUGGAGCUAGAGGCAGUGGAAAGACUCAUAUGAUUCAGGGUUCUGAUAAGGAUCCAGGUUUGGCAGUACUAGCCAUGGCUGAAAUUUUAUCAAUUGUUGGGGAAACAGGAAAAUCAAUUACUAUAUCAUUUUAUGAGAUUUUUCAAGCUCAUGUGUAUGAUCUCUUAGAUCCAAAACGGCAAGAAGUUUUGGCUUUGGAAAAUCGUCAAGGCAAAAUUCUACUCAAAGGACUUUCUCAGGUUCCUGUGAAUUCCAUAUCAGAGUUUCAAAAACUAUAUCUUAUUGAGCAUAAAUCACGUAAACCAGUUCAGAAGAUACCAAUAGAGUUUCCCCGACGAAGCCACAGAGGCUUAAUAAUACAUGUAUCAUCUCCAUCAGAUGCCAUUCCUAUGGGCAAGAUGAAUUUUGUUGACUUGGCAGGUUAUGAGGAUACUCGAAGGAAGAGUAGUGAAGGCCUUAAUCUUGUUGAGAAAACUAAAGUUAAUAGGUCCAUAUAUGCAUUACACAAUGUUGUUUAUGCUUUGAAUACCAGUGAAUGCCAUGUGCCUUAUCGGGAAAGCAAGCUCACCCGCAUGUUGCAAGAUUCGCUAGGAGGAAAAAGCAGAGUUCUGAUGCUCACUUGUUUGAAUCCAACCUUCUGCCAAGAUUCCAUGUACAUGGUGAGUUUAGCAUCUCGGUCUCGCCAAGGCAUUAAUCAGACUGUCUUAGAUUCCAUAAAGAAAGCCAAAAGUUCAGCAAGGCCAAUGCCGCAUUCUUCACACAAAAGUCAGUUACCUGGGAGUGUUUCUACCACUAGGAAACAAAUUGGGAACCGACUACAUUUUUCCGUAAAGAAAGCCAAUGGUACAGCUUCUGUGACGAAAGGAAGGAAACUGUUUGAUGAAGCAAGUCAUUUGACUAAUUCUGAGAAAAAGAUAUAUGAGAAGGAAAGUUCUGUAUCUGUUGCUCUACCAGAUAGAGAUUCAACUUCCAUGGUUGAAAAGGAUGCUUCUCCAUUAGCAACAACUAAUCCACAAGAAACCACCAUAAUAGAUAAGGAAAGUUCUAUAUCUGCUGCUCUGCCAGAUAAAGAUUCAACUUCUGUGGUAGAAAAGGAUGCUUCUCCGUUAGCAACCACUAAUCCGCAAGAAACCACCAUAAUAGAUAAGGAUUCUUUUCAGCACAUUGAAGGCAAUUAUGGGGAAGUUACUCCUAGCAUCAAUUGCAAUUUGAAAACACCAUCCUUCCUAGAAGAAAGUGGAAACUUAGAUAAGGAAAACGAUGAUUCACAAGUCAAUAAAGAUGGUUCACCACUAAUUAGUGAACGGUUGCAGCAAAUAUCUAACAAUUUGAAGUUGCUUAUUUCCUCAACUCCACAACACCUAGAGAUGCCACUGAGGAAUGAUACUUCAUCAAUUUUUCAAUCUUGUACUGAUUUUGUGGAACCAAAAACUCCUGAAAGGAGUGUUACAGUGAAUGACAAAUGGGAGACCGAAAACAUCAAUAGUCCUUGGGAAACCAUUAGUAUGCAUAGUUCUAUAAUGAAGGAUUCUCUUGUUAAAGAAUAUUUGAAGAUUUUAAAUACUGGUAGCAGGGAAGACUUGAUAAAACUAAAGGGAAUUAAGCAGAAAAGAGCCACCCGCAUUCUUAAGCUUCGUGAAAAAUCUCCUGAACCCUUUAAGAAUCUUGAUGGUUUGAAAGACGUUGGACUUUCAGCCAAACAGAUAAAGGGGAUGAUGAGUAAGGGGAUUGAAGAGCUUUUUUAACUAUGGUUGUUGAUAUUUGUGUAAAGAGAAUAUUUGGUAGGAGCAAGAUGGUGAGUUACUACUCAUCUAUUAUUUUCUUUUCAAUAAUACUACACCCACAAUCUUUUUAUACAAAUUUUUUCUCACAAACUUAUG